AUGGCGUUCAAGAGUCUACUCCUCAUAUCUUCUUUGCUCCAUUAUGCUGUUUCGCAAAACUUACCACCUGGAGUUAAUCCACCACUGGCACAGUCGUGCGGACCUUCCAGCUCCAAUGUCGUCUGCGUGAACCGUUACGCCUCCGUGAUGCCCUAUCACUUUUAUCGAAAGCCGAGCGAAGGGACAAACGACAUACCGUUUGCGAAGACACACGUCCCGAACGACACUUCUUUCAGUCUCGUUGGCAGAGCCAACUUCCUCGUGUUCGACCAACAGCGAGCAUUGGAGAUACUUGGAUCAAGUCCGACUUACGACAAAGUCUUUAAUGUCUCGGAAGCCGUGCACGAGGCACCUGUCUAUGUACCGAGCUUGAACAAGUUGUUCUUGAGCAAUCUUGCGCCUCCGGCUGGUGUGCUGAAGCCUCAGCUGGUGAUUGAUCUCAACAGCGACCCACCAACUCUGAGCGAGUUCUUCAGCGAUCCACCAGUGUAUGCUCCGAACGGUGGAACCUUCCACGAUGGCCUGAUCUACUGGGGAGCUUCUGGCGGCAACACCAGCAUCGGAGGAAUCGAGCAACGACCGGGCAUCCAGACGUUGGACCCACACACCAACAAGACGAAGGUGUUGCUCAACAACUACUUUGGCUUCUACUUCAAUACAGUGGAUGAUCUGUUCGUCGACAAGACGGGCGCUAUCUGGUUCACAGACCCGCAGUAUUCUUGGUUCAAUCGCUUAGUCGAUACUCCACCACAGCUCCGGUCCGCCAGCUACCGCUUUGAUCCAAAGACGGGCGUGGUACAGGUGGUGGAUGACACCAUUGUCCAGCCGAACGGUAUAGCCAUGGAUCCGGAGUGCAAGCACAUCUACAUUUCUGAGACGGGGGCUGAGACAGGAUCGAUCGUUGCUGGCGGUCCUCCUGGGUCGCCGUUCAACCAAACUGGUCUCCGUGCGGUGUACAAGUACGACUUGACGGAUGGCGGGACUCAUAUUGCCAACAAGCGGCCGAUCUGGUAUGCCCAGGACUGGGUUCCAGAUGGUCUCAAGGUGGCGGCGAAUGGGUACAUCGUGACCGGCACUGGGUACGGUGUUGACGUCUUGGACCCGUAUGGUGUGUUGAUUGUGCGCAUUCAAACAGAUUUUGUGGUGCAGAACAUGGCGUGGGUGGGAGAUGAUCUAACGGAGAUGUGGCUGACGGGACAAGGAGGGUUGGCGAGAGUGAGGUGGAACCUCAAAGGACAGGAUCUGGCCAGCUCGUCUUCGUGA